UCGAGAAAUAAAUACUCCCACUGAGCUUCUUCUUCUUUUUCUUCUUCACAAACUCUUAUACUCACAAUCAAAACCCUUAUUCUUCUUCCUCUUCUUCAUCCUCCAAACCCUUUUUUACAGUCCACUCAUUUUGACCCAAAAAACAACACAACCGAUUCUCGGUAGUCCCUCAAAACAGGACUAAAAAGGGGUCACAGCAACCGUGUUCAUCACUGUGCGGUUUCCUAUUUCUUUUUUGGCAGUGUGAAUCCAAAAACGAAAAACUGUCUGUUUUGUUGACUUACCCUUUUUUCCCCCUUUAUAUUCCUUGUUUCGCCAUUGCCUGGUGAGAAGUUUGAUGCUGAAUCGGCCAUGGAGGAUACUCUGUUUUGUCCAGUUAAGUUCACUGAGCACCGAAACUUCACCAAGAAAUUUUCCACCAAGAAGCAGCAGCAGAAUCAGCAUCACCCGCCGGAAAAUAGAGUUGUACGGAUAUCGGUAACUGACCCGGACGCGACGGAUUCGUCCAGUGACGAAGAGGAGGGGGAGUUUUUUGAGCGGCAGAGAGUUAAGAAAUACGUGAACGAGAUCAAAAUCGAAAGCGGGUCCAGAAAUAGCCUUGUACCCGGUUGCCGGAAGCGGCCGGCCGGUGAGGGUUCCGAGUUCCGGCGCCCGGUGAAGCCGCCUCCGACAACCAAUGGGAAGAAAUUUCGCGGCGUGCGGCAGAGGCCUUGGGGGAAAUGGGCGGCGGAGAUUAGAGAUCCUGCUCGCCGUCAGCGGGUGUGGCUGGGGACUUUCGACACGGCGGAGGAAGCCGCCAUGGUUUACGACAACGCCGCCAUUAAGCUCCGUGGGCCGGACGCCCUCACCAAUUUCGCAACCCCGCCACCGCCGCCGGAGAAGGAAGCGGAGGUUAAUAUCCCCUCUGUUUCCGGGUCCUACUACGACUCCGGCGAGGAGUCUCACAAUUUGUCAUCCCCAACUUCGGUUCUCCACUUCAGAACUCAGUCGCCGGAAGAAUCCGAAAACCCCCCAAAACCCGAAGCGUUUCAGAAACCGUCGCCGCCGUCGCUGGCCGACGACCAAUUUCACGAAUGUCAAGGCGAAACCUCUUUCUCCGGAGAAUAUUCCACCGAUUUCCCCAAGUUCGAGGACAUAUUCCAACUUCCGAGCCCCGACAUGUCGAUUUUCUUCGACGAACAGCCGCUGUUCUUCGAGGAGAGCAUUUGGAACGAAGGUUUCAGCCAGAUUUUCACCAACAUGCCGGAAGAUUUGGGAUCGCCGGUGCUAUCUUCUUCGAUUAGCCAAGGGGGCGACGAUUAUUUCCAAGAUAUUUUAUUGGGGUCCGACCCUUUGGUGGUUCUCUGAGCAGCGAAGCGCCGGCCGACGGCGGUGGAUCACAGCUUCCACCGUUUUAUAUCCCUCCGCCGAUAUGUCGGCGGAAUUUUGUUCCGAUCUCAUCUCUCGGAAAACGGCUACUUUUGCGACUUUUGCUUUUAUUUUAUUAUUAUUUUUUCUCUCCUUUUUUUUUUUUGGGUAUACUUUUCCUUACCUGUUUACAUAUUCCGGGAAGUUGAGUGGACCAGUUUUGUUAGAGAUAUCUAUUCUUUUUCUCUCUUCUUUAUUUAAAUCAAUAAUUAGGCUAUGUUAUUAAGAGUGUAUAAUGUGGA